AUGUUUCGUUGCGAGAAUCAGAAACAAGAGUGUGUGGUGAUAGGCGGAAAUACGUACAUGACCGAAGGACGUACCAAGAUCAAGAACACCCUAAAUGGAUCGCUGGUAUACUAUUUUGACGUGCAAGUGGGUGAUCAAGUUGGCCAGGAGGUGAUCCUGGGUGUGGAAUUCAUGGUGCCCGCAAUUAUACGUCUGGAUUUGGCUGACGGGACGCUGGUAUUGCCAUUUGAAGUGAGGAUUCAUCUAGCAGGACGCAGACCUCUGUACGGAUUAUCCACGCAGCCGAUCGUGACCCCAGAACAGCACUUGGUGCUUCCCGUCGGUAGAUCGGCGGAGAUAAGGAUCAGCAACGUCCAGUCUAACGCCAACCUCUGGGUGUGGCGCGAUCAUACAUGGGGACCCACCGUUGCCACUGGAAUAGGUCGGACCAAGUAUUUACAGCUGACAAACCUCGGCGACAAAGAAAUAAUUCUCGGCCACGGACCGGCUUUAGACUGGAUUAUGGCUGCCUACAUGGUACCUCGAUACCCAGGUUACGUCUCGUUUGGAUCGCGACGGUACAACGAGUGGCAGACACUAGCCUUUGAAGCUACGAUUGAAAGAGAGAAGAAGUGCCGACCGCAUACGCGGGACCGCUUGUGGAUCACCCGACCUACCCUACGCCAAAGAAAGUUUUAA